UGUUUAGUAAGGUUGGCUUCAUAGCAAUCACAGAAAAAUAAAGUGGUGACAGCUGCAUAGAAGUACGGUAUUUGACAAGAGUUAAAGGGUAUAUUGGGAGGUGGUGUCCCGUCCCCCAGGCCGUUUGCAUGGUGUACUGUACUACCUGAUAGGAUCAUGUAGUGGAAUGGUAACGUUAGUGGGUUUUUAAUGAGUGUAGGUAGCAGCUGCAGAGAAAUACCUUGGCGUACGAGAUUUUACUGCAGAAGUAAUGGGGGAUUUUAAUGAAAUAGGGGUAUAUACUGUAGGUGUAGGGUUAGUUGGUGGAUUUAUUUAUUUUAGGAACAGGAAUAAUGAGAAUUUAAUGUUGGUAGGAAAUGACUGGCCUCACUUUAGUACAGCAGCGGUGUAUGUACAUUUAAAUUGUAUGCGAUAGGCCAAUCCCGAAGAAGGAGAAUCAAAUCAAAUGUAUUUAUAAAGCCCUUCUUACAUCAGCUGAUAUCUCAAAGUGCUGUAUAGAAACACAGCCUAAAACCCCAAACAGCAAUGCAGGUGUAGAAGCAAUGCAGAGAAGAGGCUAGCUGGCUUGUGCUUGUAGUCAAACAUUUUUUUUUUUAAAGAUGUUAAACGAAAUCGUUUUUCGUGCGCGUGUAGCGUCCGUUAUGGAAACUUUAACAUCAGCAGCCGUGCGAGCAGUGUGUCUAAUAAUGGAAGAAAGCUACGCUGCUCUACGUGUGGAAAUUGAGUGUAGCCAUGAACCGAACAGGAAGCCCCUGACGAUGGAGAAGGAGACUGUGCAAGCAUUUAACCCAUGCCGUUCUCCUGAUCGUAUACAAAUGGAAGGUUUGAGAAAGACCCCUGUUGAUGAACAGCAGGAUGAAGACGAGGCCAGCGGUGCUGAUAUGGAAGAUGAUCCCAUGGACCACGGAAGAUGAGAUAAAAAGAUUUGUAAAUGCAAUUUGGACUGUAGGACAUAUGGCCAUUAUCAUUGCCCCCAGUGUGAGAGAACUAUCAUCAGGAGGGAUGCCAUGACAAGUCAUCUGCUGUUGUGUCAAGGGGCUUCCGCUCCUGUUUCAUCAGCUGUACUGCCCACGCCUGCUGUAAACCAGCGUAUUAAAAUCACCACCCAUAUCCAACUGCCUCAUAGUCCAGCCUAUAGGACUCUGACGACUAUGUGUGAUCACUGUGGCUUUGUGCUCCUGAGAAAGAACUUGAAGCAGCACCUGCUGAGGAAACACCCGGAGAUAGCCACUCCAUUGGAGGGAGCACAAUCAGAUCCUGUGUCUGUGGCACAACAACACGGCACCAUGAAACAUGCUGAAGGGACCAGGCGGAGACGGAGACUGACCGCCACCUGCACCAUAUGUGGGCGUCUGGUGACCAUGAAGAACAUGCGAGCACACAUGAACAGAAAACACCCUGAUUCCUGGUAGAUGCCUGCUUUGCAAACAUAGGCAUUAUAGCCUGAUCCCAGAUCUGUUUGUGCUUUUUGCCUUUUGUCAUUGAGAAGCAAAACAAUUUGGCCAAGGAAAAGAGUACAAGGAGUGGAAUGUUAGCAAAACAGGUUCUGGAUUUCAGGCUUAAUGCUUAAUGCAUCAACUACUUAAUUGAUGGCUGAGUUCUAUUAUAUAUUUUUUUUAUAACAAAUCUUGUACAUUCAUGUUGUAUAUAUUUUUUACCAUACAAAUAGAGAAAAUUGCAUUUGUUAAUCUGACCCUUCAGUGUUAUUGGGUUAUGUUUAUGACUUGGCUGCCAGUUCCAUUUCCAAGGCCUGAGUUCUUGCAAACAAGCAAUUGGUGAGAAUUUAUAGAAUAGAAUUUAUACCACUAUAAACAUUUAGUUAUUUAGAACAUUUCUGGCAGUCUCUAUAACUUGUUAAAGUUGACUAUUGUACUUGUAUUUUGAAAAGCUGGGGAAUCAUGCUCCACUCACUCACUGGUCCAAAUCAAGUUAUUUAGCUUAGAAUGUUAUAGCUUUAUAGUUUUACAAGGCAAGUCAGUUAAGAACAAAUUCUUAUUUUCAAUGACGGCCUAGGAACAGUGGGUUAACUGCCUGUUCAGGGACAGAACUUGCAACCUUCUGGUUACUAGUCCAACGCUCUAACCACUAGGCUACCCUGCUGCCCCUGGAUCAAGAGGAUGAGAAUGUUUGAAAGUUUGUUCUGGCAGUUUGUCUUGUUGUUUUUGUUUAGUGGGAGAGAGAAAAAACGCCACUUACGCUGUUGGGAAAUGUAUUAAUAUUUUGAGUAUCAAAUAAAUUCAACAAAAGAUGUAAGAAGCUGCUAGACUCAAGGGCGUAUCUAAACGUGUAUUUACGGUAUUUCACCGGCCCGCCCAACCUCAUCAGCUGUCCGGAAUUAAUCCAAAGAAAACUUCCGGAAGAGGUGUGAAAAGGUGAAGCCACCAUCUGAUAACAAAGAAGAUGUUCACUUCUCACAUAGGAACAGAUUAGAUUGAUUGUUGUAGUCUACUUGGUAACCAUGUCGCACGAACUCGCUUUUCGUUGUCGCGUCACCUCUAUUAUGGAAGCUUUGACAGCAACAGUCGUGCAAGAAAUCUGUCAAUUUAUGGGAGAAAGCUAUGCUGCUCUUCGAGUGGAAAUGUUGCAUGAACAAAAUAAAAAAGAGACAAGGAUGGAGAAGCCAGCGAACUGCCGCAAGAACUUUUCAAAACCUGUUAGCCCACCAAGUUUGGGAAACUUUCCAAUCGUGGGGCAGGUCCUGAAUAAACAAGAGGCCAACUAUCAUUGGCUAGAAGACGGUGCUGUUUUUGAAGGCCUAGCAUCACCAGUGACGGAGAGACAAGAGCCAUCACAGCCCCCUGGUCAGAUUACAGACACGGUACCAUGGCCAGUAUGGCUCAUCAAACAGGAGGAAAUGGCUGAUGAUGAUUUGGAAUCGGAAGGUUACGGCGAGUGGAUUCCAGAGACUCCCAAGGCAAGCCAGAAUAUCACUGGAGAAAGUGAUGAGGAAGAGAGAAGUAAAGCCUCUGGGGGAUCCAGAGAACUUGGACUCGACGACUUCAAGAGAGAACAGAGUCCGUUGCUGGUGUCAGCUGAGGAUGCUGUGACACCCAUAAAGACAAAGUAUAAAGCACGCAUGUUAGAACACACUGGGAAGCCACGUUUCCGCUGCGAUAUCUGCGGUGAGAAAUUCCAGCGUCAGAGCGGCUUGACCAGGCACCAGCGGCACAAACACAACACCGUGAAAACCUACAGUUGCACUGUGUGUGGGAAAGGGUUCACCUACAUCAAAUCCCUCAACACGCAUGAGCUCACGCACUCUGAUGUCUCUAUCAGUUCAACUAUAACUCUGGAUGAAGCCACGGCAAGGAAAAGAGGUCUGACUGAUGAACCCACAGACAGAAAUGCAGCGAGAGAUAUGAUCAGUGCCAUCCUUCACUCAAAGCCAGGUGGAGAAAAGGUGUUCCAGGAGUAUGGGAAAACCAAAGGUCUUACGGAUAGCACACGGAGACUUAUGGUGAACAUUAUUGUGGCCGACAUGAUGGAAAAUCAUGGUAGGAUCCCCCCAUCAAGUGUCCGCACCAACUACGCCCUGGGGAUUGUGACUUUAUUCCCGUUCUUGAAUGAUCCAGAUUCAGAGCAUGGCUAUGAACAAUAUUACGACGCAGCUAGUGGGUCUGGUUAUCUGACCUGGAGAAUAAAGACAGUGGGGCGCAACAAAUCAUGUAAGACCAAGAGGAGAACCAAGUCCACCUAUCAAAAUGGUCCAAAGGCUCAACACAGUUCCCCUUCAGUUGUUGAGGAACUGUUAGGUGAUGAAUGCAAAGAUGAACAAGUGUCCAUGUCUGAGGUCUUGAUCUGCUCAGUUGGGUCUGAUUCCUCUGGAUCAGCUUUAACUCUGGAAAAAUCCAAGGCACGAAAAAGACGUCUGACUGAUGAACCUACAGACAGAAAUGCAGCAAGAGAUAUGAUCAGUGCCAUCCUUCACUCAAAGCCAGGUGGAGAAAAGGUAUUCCAGGAGUAUGGGAAAACCAAAGGUCUUACGGAUAGCACACGGAGACUGAUGGUGAACAUUAUUGUGGCCGACAUGAUGGAAAAUCAUGGUAGGAUCCCCCCAUCAAGUGUCCGCACCAACUACGCCCUGGGGAUUGUGACUUUAUUCCCCUACUUGAAUGAUCCAGAUUCAGAGCAUGGCUAUGAAAAAUAUUAUGAUGCAGCUAGUGGGUCUGGUUACCUGGCCUGGAGAAUAAAGACAGUGGGGCGCAACACGUCAUGUAAGACCAAGAAGAGAACCAAGCCCACCUAUCAAAAUGGUCCAAAGGCUCAGCGAAGUUGCCCUUCAGCUGUUGAGCAACUUUCGGGGGAUGAAUGCAAAGAGGCGAUAUCUGUGCUUCAGCAUACAACAACUAAUGAGUCACUGGUUCGAGAGAAGAUGAUGGCAACGUUCCAAUACAGACAGCAGGUGGUUCAUGAUCCGGGGAAGUCCUCAACUGUCCUAGAUGUCUUCCCCAGAUUCCUUGACACUACAGGCUUGAUCAACCAAGAUUUCACCAGACUUUUCGGAGAGGUGGUGUCUGGGACAUUUAUGGCGAAGUGGCCAACAUUUUUCAAACCCAGGGUCAUCGCAGAUUGCAAAACCCUUCCCUUCAGCGAACCUGUGGAAGACCUCCUCUCAUCUGCUCAGCAGGAAUCCAAUGAUUAUGGAUGGGAGAGUGACUUGGCAGCCAUUUUGUUGCUUCUGCAUCUCUUACCCCCGACCUCAAAGGGCCCGAAGACCGCAAAGAUCCGUACCUCUCAAGCUGCUGACCAUCUGGUUAGAUUUAUGAAGGUAGGGACAAGUAUGGUGACCUUCCUUGAGACAGUUGGAUAUGAGCAGCAGCCCUUCCUCCUCUGUGUCGGUGAAAGGAAGAACAGCCUUCAGAAGUUUUACAUUGUCGUUGACCAGAAGGCCAUCCCAUGCAAGGCCCAAACAUCAGUGGCAGCUUUUGACGAGCUCUUUAAGGCACACUAUGUCUUCAGUGUGUCCUACCAUGAAGCGUUGUGUAACUUCUACACAUUCAUCCAGACCACCGUGUACGGUAUUGACGUGGGGAAGGCAAAGGAGUCCUCAAGAGUCAAGGAGAUUAGAGUAAGGCUGCUUAACAAAGACCAGGGGAAUGGUGCCGCCGGUGCGCAAGGGAGCGGUGCUCCCGCCCUUUUGCAAUUUGAGAAUAUAAGUCAGUAGUUGAAUAGAAUAGGGCAGUAUCACCAUCUGCUCUAUUUCGCUCCUGAAACAGUAACUCAAGAAGAUCUAAGUGCGUAUCCCCAUGAAGCUGAUUGAGAUCAAAUGAUUGUCAUGCAGAUGCAGUUUGGACAUUUCACCAGUAAAACUCAAAUAAUUAUCGUUCACCAAUGACACUGAUGGCCUAUUUGUAAAUUAGAUACCCUCAAACACAAAGUUCGGUAUAUUACAUUUUAGUGAGAGAGUGUGAGCAUAGGGCAGAUGUUGCAGUUGGAGAAUGCAUUUUGUGCAUAUUGUAUUAUAAUAUUCAUUAGGUUACAUCUGUCAGUACAAACUUUGAUUGUAAAAUUAUGUAAUUCACUUUUUGGGGGUUGGCUCCCGCACCUAACAAAAACAAAUGGCACUAUACCACUUACAUAGAUCUGUGAAUUGAGAUGUGUUUACUUGUUUCAUUUGUAAAAUACACUACAGCAGUUGUGCAUUGCUUUUUGACAAGUUUCAUCAUGGUUUGUCAAUAAAACGUCAUUCAAUCUGGA